AUGAUGGAGAAGAUGCUGCUCUGGGCACUGUUCCUUUUACUUGGUAAUUUCUGCCUAGCAGAUUUGCCAAAGAAGCCAGAAAACAUUUCCUGCAUCUUCUAUUACAAUAAGAAUUUCACUUGUACUUGGAGUCCAGAAAAAGAAGUCUAUCCUACAGUCUAUACUGUCACUAGAAUUUACCUAUCUGGAACAGAAAUAGACUCUUGCACAAGUCAGAAUCAUACGUCAUGCUCUUUCUUGUUCCCGCAUUUGUCAUUUCCUGAUAAUUACUCCAUUCAAGUGGAAGCUAAAAAUGCUUUUGGUGAGAGCAAGUCUGAAGUAACAUAUUGGUCCUUGGAAAACAUAGUGAAAACAGAGCCACCUAAGAUUCAAACUGUGGAACCAAUCCCAGGUGUUAAACAUAUGCUCCAAGUAGUAUGGAAAAAACCAGAGAAGUUACCUUCUUUUGGUUCAUAUAAAUGCCGCCUGAAAUACAGGAUAGUGAAUAGUACUAAAUGGGAGCUAGUAAGCCAAAGAAUGACACAUGAAAGCCCGUACAAUCUCACUGGACUGUUGGCUUUGCAGCAAUAUGCUGUCUCCAUGCAGUGCCACGUGUUCAACUUAGAGUUCUGGAGCAGCUGGAGUGAAGAGAUAAUAGGGACAACUGAAGGACUAGCUCCAAAUUCGAGCUUGGAUUUGUGGAGAGUCCUUGGGCCAGUCCAACCAGAUGGAAAGAGGAUAGUCCAGGUGUUAUACAAGGAGACAAGAGCAGACCCAAGGAUAAGAAAAAUACUUGGCUACAAAAUCCGGUACUUUCCAGAAAAUGAGAACUCUUUUAAGGAAACAAAUACCACGAUUGUUCAACAGUUUGAACUCCAUCUAGGAAGUGAUGCCUACUUGGUGUCUGUUGGGUACUUUACAUCAGAUGGUGCAUCUCCAGAAGCAACAUUGAGAAUACCAGCUAUUCAUGAAAAACCUCUCCAGUGCAUUGAGGGGAUGCAGCAGGACCAAUUCCAGGACCUCCUGGUGCUGAAAUGGCACUCCUCAGCAGCAGAAGUUGACAGAUGGGUAAUUGAGUGGUACCCAGAUUCGGAGAACAAAACUUUGGAGAGAUCCUGGGAAUAUAUCUCACAGAACAGGACUUGGACAGGAAGGGCAGACGAUUUUAAGCCAUUUCAGUGUUAUAACAUCUCGGCAUAUCCAGUGGUAGGAAUCGAAGUUGGAGUUCCAUAUUGCAUCCAGGCUUAUUUCACAGAAGGGAUCCCAGAAGAAGGUCCACUGGCUAAGGCUCAAAAUAUCAGCUCCCAUACAGCUAUAAUAAAAUGGGAAGAGAUUCCCAAGGCCCAGAGAAAAGGCUUCAUCCGUAACUACACAGUGUUUUAUAAAUCUGAAGGUGGAAAAGAAUUUGCCGAGAUGGUCAAUUCUAGUUAUUUGCAAUGUAAACUGGAGUCCCUGGAAAGAAACACUCAGUACACUGUCAAGGUUAUGGCAAACACCGUUGCUGGGGGCAAGAAUGGAACAAGUUUCAAUUUCAAGACAUUAUCCUUUAGUAUCAUUGAGAUAGUCCUUUUUAUCUCUUUCACUGGAGGUGGUCUUCUUUUUCUCGCUAUCCUGAUGAUAGUGUGUAGUCUUACCAAAGCCAAAUUGAAACGACUGGUUUGUCCAGAGAUCCCCAAUCCUGCAAAGAGCAAUGUAGUCCUGUGGCAUGGUGGCAAUUUCCAGUCCAAGCUGCACCUUGGAGAGGUCCAGUUCCAAGGCAAGACAAAGGCAAUUGAUGAGAGAAUUCCCAAACUAUUCUUGUCUUCCUCUGGCGAUUUGAUUGACAAGUUAGUAGUAGACUUUGAGAACUUCCUUGACAAAACUGAGGUUCAGAGAGUCGAAUUGAUGAAGAUGCAGGAAAAUGUGUCAAGUGGGGAAGAGAAGUAUGUAAAUACUCCAUAUAGUCGUUACAAUCCCUCCGGGAAGGUUUUCCAAGCUCCUUCUUCAGCUUUGAUUUCACUUGGAGGAACACAAGAGCAAUCUUCAGGAAGACCAGAAGAGGAAGUCAAGGAUAGACUCUUCCAGAAUGCAAGUUCUAGUGAAGUUCUUGAACUGGAGCAACGACACUGGGAAGAGGCUGGAUUGAAUCCAUAUUUGAAAAAUUCAGUGACAACAAGGGAAUUCCUCACUUCUGAGAAGUUUUCUGAUCCAAUCAAGAAGACUGAGAUGCAGCCAUAG